AUGUUUUACUCCGAGACGCUUCUGUCCAAGACGGGGCCGCUGGCCCGCGUCUGGCUGUCUGCUAACCUGGAGCGCAAGUUAUCGAAAGCUCACAUUCUUCAGUCGGACAUUGAAAGCAGUGUUAAUGCAAUUGUGGACCAAGGCCAGGCACCUAUGGCUUUACGACUAAGUGGCCAGCUGCUUUUGGGUGUUGUUCGGAUCUACAGUCGCAAAACUAGAUACCUCCUUGACGACUGCAAUGAAGCCCUGAUGAAGAUCAAAAUGGCAUUCCGAUUGACCAACAACAACGAUCUUCCAGCCACAGUCCCCCUGCCACCAGGCGGUAUUACUUUACCAGACGUUUUGACUGAAUCGGAUCUAUUUAUGAAUUUGGAUACGUCAAUCUUGUUCUCGCAGCCAUUGCAACUGGACCAUCGUGACAAAGGCCCCGCAGCUUCUCUUGGUUGGUCGAGCCAACUGCUUCCUGACAGCAGCUCGCCCCAAAAGGCUCGACCAGUCGAACGACCUCAUUUAGAGGAUGAUACCGGUCUUGUUCUCGACUUGGGUGAAGAUGAAGACAUCCCCCUUGGCCACGACACCAGUAUUGAAGUUGGCAGAAAUGCCCCUGCCGCGCGCCCCAUGGGCGAAGAUUUGUUCAGCGAGGAGCCUCGCUUGUUUGAUGACGAUUUAGAUCUUGACCUUGGCUUAGAUGCUGCGCCUCUCCCCAAACUCGGCGGUGAUGAUACCGAAGUUCCCCAAGAUGAAAUCGACAGGGCAGUACAGCAUGAUGAAGAUGUGGCAAUGGGUGGCAUGGAAGAAUUGGGCGUUCCUAUUGCCGAAGAAUCCACCAUUCUAGCAGACCAAGGCAACGACUUCUUACGGAACUCACAGUCUCCACUAUCAUCGGCGCGCUCAAGCGUUGUUCGUGAAAUGGAACAGUCAUUAAUGAACGAAGAAGCAGUCACGGCGCGCCAGCAGCAACGAACCAAGCGUAGAAAGUUGAUUAAACCCGACCACGAUACCUUCUUUUCAAUGGAUAAAAUAAAAGCACAGCAAGACGGCCGCUCCAAGAUCCUCAAACCAGAAUCGUUUCUAUCAUUCCUGCCGCGUGAUCCCGUAUUGCUCACCCUAAUGGCCAUGCAGGAAAAGGGUGAAUUCGCCUCCAAUGUUAUGGCAGGCUGUAGCAUUUACAGUUGGGCACCAGAGUUGAAGAACAUGCUUUCAAUCGAUUGCGUGAGACAAGCCGGUCAACUGAAGCGAAAAAGGGAUAGCGGGGUCUCUGAUAUCGAUUUGGAAGGAGGAGAGAAAGGCCCACAGCUUGAAAUACGAGAAGAUGAGGGUAUCACGCAUUUCGAUGAGGGAGUUGCUUUGGGAGCUGAUUCAUCUAGCGUACUUAAUGCUACUGAAAUCCAUCUUCCUGGCGAGGAUGAAGUGCAGGGUCGUCCAGAGAGAGAAGAAUGGAGCGACGGAGAAGGAAUUGGCCACCGAGAUGACUACGAAGACGGCGAACCAACCAUUCAGCCGAUUGAUAGUGGCCCAAUCUCUCUUGGAACGAAACAUGCGGUGCAUAUUCUUCGUGAACAAUUCGAUGCGCCAACCACUGACGCCUCGUCACAAUCCAAGAGCACGAGCGUUGUUUUCCAAGACAUUCUUCCGGAGAAGACUACAAACAAGGACGAUGCGACCAAAAUGUUCUUUGAAGUUCUCGUUCUAGCGACUAAGGACGCCGUUAAGGUCGAGCAAAGCAGUACUGUGCUCGGUGGACGGUUGAAGAUCAAAGCUAAACAAGCUCUGUGGGGCUCUUGGGCUGAAACAGAAGCUGGCGGUGAAAUCGCAUCCCAGGCAGCGGAAGUUGCUGUGUAA